UCAUUUAAUCGUGUUCGGAAUCAAAAGCUUAAAAAUUAAUUUUAACGGUGUUUGUUUUUUCUUUUUUCGAUUGGAUAAUUUUUUUUGCGUCGGUAUAUAAAAAUGUGAUGAAGUGGAAUUUUAUUAAUUGAAUCAAAAAAAUAAUAAAUAAUUAGAAAUUUUUACCAAAUAGUACAUAAUUACAAAAUAAUUCUAAAUAGGUCAAAACAAGUACAAAAACAAAAUGGCUAUUAAACAUAAAGGUGAUAAAGAUAAAUAUGAUAGUAGCAAAUAUCAAUAUGAUCUAAAAACGCCAGCCGAUUUUGAAACUGCCAUCACAGCAACUGGAUUCGGUUGGUUCAAUAUUUUAUUGCUGCUGGUCGGCUGUCCGGCGGCUAUUGCUUCAGUAUUUGAGACUGCAGUUGUUUCGUAUGUUCUGCCCAGUGCCGAAUGUGAUUUGGGUUUGAAUUUAUUGAAUAAAGGCAUUCUAAAUGCUAUGACUUAUUCAGGAAUGAUCAUCUCAGCCAUUGCAUGGGGCUACAUAGCAGAUACAAGAGGUCGAAAAUCCAUUUUAGUUUGGGGAUUGCUGGCCGAUGUGGUUUGUGUUCUCUCCUGUGCCAUGAGUCAAAGUAUUAUUCAACUGAUGAUCGCCAAGUUUAUUGGUGGUUUAGUCAUGGGUGGUCCAUUUGCCGUUCUGAUGACAUACCUGCAGGAGUUUCACAAUAACAAAUAUCGAGGCAGAGUAAUGAUGUGCAUCGGCAUUAUGUUUUCAAUGGCCUCGCUGUCAAUGCCUGUUUUGGCAUUGAUGAUUCUGCCACAAAAAUGGGAAUUUAAUAUUUUUAACAUGGAAUUUCACUCAUGGCAAGUAUAUUUAGCCAUAUGUGCCAUACCCAGUCUUGUAAGCGGUUUGGCUUUAAGCUUAUUCCCCGAAAGUCCAAGAUUCCUGAUGUCCCAAGGACGUACAGCGGAAGCAUUACAGGCAUUUCGUACUAUAUACUCCCUGAACAAAGGCAAGCCGAAGGACACAUUUCCGAUAACAAAACUGCUAGACGAAAUAUCACCCGAAGAAAAUGAUGUCAACUAUGAGGAAAUCAGUAUAUCAACGAUUGAGACGACCUCGGUGAAAGAUCAAGUUAAGGACAUUGUUGAUGAUUUCAAAACCAAAGAUCCAAGUCCAUUUUUAGCACUGUUCCAGAAACCAUUCUUAUGGCUGUCCAUAAAUGUUUAUAUGCUGAACUUUUGCAUAUUGCUGGGGCAAAAUACAAUGCGUUUAUGGCUGCCACAAUUGUUCGCUUCUUUGCGGGAAUUCCAGGAGAUUUCUAUGGAGUCAGUCGAGCACAGCAUGUGUUCCAUACUGGAGUAUAGUGUUAAUAAGACGGGAUUGGUCAAGGAAACAGAUUCCAGUUGUUCGGUGAUAAUUUCAUCUUCCUCAUAUACCAACAAUAUAAUUGUGGCUGGAGCCUGUUUUGCGGUAUUUCUUGUGGCAGGAACACUAAUCAAUAAACUUGGACACAAGAGGAUACAAAUUGGGGCCUUAAUCAUUGCUGGCAUUUGCGGUUUUGCCUUGUACUGGUCCAGCACAACAGCAUCGACUUUGGUGAUAACAGCAUUAUAUGCCUGUAUGGGCAGCUUAUCAGCCACAUCGGCUGUGGGGACAUCAGCAUUGCUGUUUCCAACGUCCUUGAGAACAAUGGUCGUCUGUGUGGCCCUAAUGUUUGGACGUAUUGGUUCCAUAUUUGGUAACAUUCUGUUUCCUGUCUUCAUGUCGUUUGGCUGUGUGCCACCAUUUCUUAUGGUGGGCGGUGUUAUGUUUGUCGCUUGCAUUUUAUCGGCAAUGCUGCCCAACACUAAAAAGGCUGAUCUCAAAUAAAUAUUCCUAUGUAAUAUAUAUAAAACAAAUAAUUAACCCUUAAAUUGCUACCAUAGUAGCAUUGAGAAGAUAACAUCAGGCAAUUUUCAUGAAUUUGCAUUUUUUUUUUUGUCAAAACGAUACAUUUUAACACUUCCUCAUGUCAAAAUGUUUAUUUACAAAUCUAUUGUAUAUACACAAAACAGGGAUGGGAACCUGUUUUCAAUGAUGUUAAAUUUGACAAGAUAGACUCCAGAAAAAUGCAGAGCUGGUUCUCAGUUCUCUUUCUAUAAAAAUGUGAAACAACAUUUUUUAUAAAAGGAAAGAAUUGUCAAAUGAAUCAUUUUAUAAAGGAAAUAUUUUUCUUUUCUUAUUUUUAUAGAACUAGUAUCCAGCCUCUGAAUAUUAUUAUCUUAAAUGAGGUUACCUUGAUUUACUACAAUUAAAUUCAAAAUACUACAAAAAUUUCGAAUAAGUUGAAACUGAAAGCACUCAUGUAUGCACCCAGAGUGAAAGCUUGGCUGUCAAGUAAAUUUUAGCUAUGUAUUAUAAAAAUAUUAACUAUUAUAAUUAUAUUAUAACAUUUUAUGAAUUUAUAUUGUUUUAUAAAUAGAUGUUAUGCGUUGCAAUUUAAUAUUUGUGAUAUAAUUAAGUAAUAAACAAAUUUUAUUAAAUAAAAAA